AUGUCCAACAACCUUCUGAACCUGUUCUGUCUUGUCGACGGAGAGGCCACCACCAACGCGUUCCCUGUCGAGAUCGAGUCAACCAAGACCAUCGGCGAUCUCAAAGACGCAAUCUUACGCGAGAAACCCAACGAUUUCCGCGAUGUUGAUGCGAACAAGCUCUCCCUCAGCCGUGUCUCCAUUCAUGACGACGGAACCAUUCACGACAAGACGGAGCUGAACAACCCUAGAGCACUCCUCUCCACGCUGUUUGCCGCGAGUCCCGACGACAACACCUACAUUAUCGUCCAGCGACCUCCUCAAGCUCAAGCCUCUGUUCUUACCCGUGUCUCCGCUCCUCGUUCGGCCCAUCCAUGGGAUAGGUCACGUUCUGUUUCACCCAUACAACUGAAGUCUGUCCCGGUAGACCUCAUCGAGAAGGAGUUGGCAGUCGUUUUCAAAGGCGUCGACCAUCACCAUAUCAACCAUGCCGUCGAUCCAAAGGCCGUCGAAUCCUCUCAGAGGAAAAGACUAGGACCCUUUUACAAGAGGACCUUGCCAUAUCACAAUUCAGCGACGGAAACAAGCCUGGUGAUGUUGGGAUUUGAGCUGGACAAGCAAGCGAGGACGAGCAACGGUGAGACUCUUUGUUCUAUUGUCGAGGACGACAUCGGCAAGUUCAGCGGUCACCGAGUGGUCGCCAUGGUUGCCCCGUCCGGCUCAGGAAAGACCGCCACUGUCAUUGAUCUGGCAGCCAAGCACUUUGUCGUCUACAGCACCUGUUGUUCUCCGGGUCACACCGUCUCUCCCGACUUCAAGGAUCCAAACUUUGUCACGCUUGCCAAAGACGUCGAGCGUAUAUAUAUGAAAAGGACCGAGAGGGAGCCAAGGACAUUGCACGAAUUGUUGGAUCUCGAUUCCAAUGUAAAGGCACUCGCAGGAGAGCGCGUCGAGCUCGAGUUCCUUGCGCGGUUUCUUUUCUUGCAGCUGCUUCUCAACAAUAAUCCCGAUCUGGAGCCAAUUCAGUUCUUCCGUGAGCAGACCACCGGAGGAGCCUCGACUAUCUGCGAGUUUGUGCAAGUGCUGCGGGAGUACGACCGCCUAGCGAUUCAGUACAUGCUCGAUGACGUCCAGACCAAGCUUCAGUCUCUUCUUGUUCCCAAACGACUUGGAUUGGUGAUUGCCCUUGAUGAGGCUCAAGUUGCAGUGACCCACAUCUUGUCCGGCAAGCUCCUCUCGCCAUCCGCUUUGAUGAAGAGCAGUGACGUCCUCUUCGACAGCAACAACCAAAUACGAUCCAAUUUCCGCCGUGGUUUUCUCACGCCUUUGUCCGCAACACUGAGCAACAUGCAGGCAACACUAGUGAUACUUGGCACAGCCCUCACAUUACAGGUUGCCGACCACGUGUACAUGGCCAUCGCCAAACCCACUAAUUUCUCAAGGAUAACGGACUUUCCUCAGUUCGACGAAAAUGACGUUGACAAAAUUCUCGCGGAUCUGGUCGAUAUGUCGGACUGUGAAAUCCCACCUGCCAAACGCCGCAAGCUAAGAGGACGAGCUCGAUUUUCCGUUGACGUCGUCAAACGCCUUGCCACACCCUGCUCUUCUCAGGACUCGAAACAAGCUGCUCUCGUUGACGCUGUUGACAAGUCGAUUGAGCAUACAACAAAUGGCCUCCGGGUUGGGGUACGCACUAUUCUUGAGAGCAACAAAACAGGCGAGGCAGCGCGGCUUCUUAGUCGAAUGGUCUUGGCCUAUCAUCUCCAAGAUGCCAAAAUUUCGUUCUCGAGCCAACAGCAGGUCGACUUUGUGGACAAGGCCUUGUGUAGGCUUCGACCACAUUCUGAUGACAUUCACUUGAUCUUGGACGAGCCAAUGGUGGUUGAGGCGGUGGAGGCAGAGUUAAGGGCUUCAUGCAAGGACCCAUCGUUCUUGGAGUACAUGGAUCAGUUAUACCGGAUUGUCACCAACUUUGGCAUGGCUUCAACUUCAAAGGGAGAUGGACUGGAACCACUUGUCCGUCGAUCGCUUCAACGCUUCAACGGCUACCGUCUUGUUGAUCUUCCUUUCCUUCGAGGUGUGGCAUUGCCCAAAUGGUGCGACGAUCUCAAGUUUCAAAUCGACGGAAUCAACACGGCCAAUGGAUUUGGAUAUACCGACAGUGGCAUUGCCGCCGAUCUCGCCUUUCUCGCCGAUCGUCCUCCGAACAAGAUGCUUAUUGCCAACUUUGGCACACGUCCGAAUGGAGCUUGGUUUUUCUCUGACAAUCAGUACGCCGGCUCUCUUGCGAUCAAGUUCUGCAGCAGCUCUGUGCCACAGAAAAAGCACAAUGAAAACGAGACGUCCAGCGAUAUUCGCGCGUGUUUUUUGAAAGCGAACGGCACGGAGAGGAAGAACUUGGCCGGCAUUCGACGUGCCUACGUGGGUACAGGCACUCCUUCCAACCUUAGGGGCAUCCUCCGAAUCCACCUCGAGUUCCCUGACGUCGAUCUUGGUAUGCCAGCUACCCAUGUCAAGACGAACCCUGCGACUGGCGACGAGGAUGUGAUGGUGUAUAUCAAUCUUUUGAACAUGGACGAUUUUUUCUUUGAGGGCAUCUCAGAGCACAAGGACGAUAUGGUCUGGCUGAAAAAGUUGAUCAGAUUUGUCUGCCAGAAAUAA